GUCGCCAAACAGAUAUCGUUCAUUACUGACGUACUUCAUAUUCGAGUCAUUUAUUGGAAAUCUAACAGCAGCAAUAAUGUCUAAUGAAGAAUUAACUUCAACGAUAAAAAUGGCACGGCAAAAUGGUAUUGUGCAACCUUUACUGACUGAUCUUUAUCAAAUCACCAUGGCUUAUGCAUAUUGGAAAUCAGGAAAAGUAAAUGAUGUAGCAGUAUUUGAUUUAUUCUUCCGAACCAAUCCGUUUCAGGGAGAAUUCACUAUAUUUGCUGGACUUGAAGAAUGUCUCAAAUUUCUAGAAAAUUUCCAUUAUUCAGACAGUGAUAUUGGAUAUUUGAAACAAACAUUACCAGAUAAUAUUGAGCCUGAAUUUUUUGCAUACCUUAAAGAUUUAACUUGUAAAGAUAUAAAAUUGUGCGCCAUAGAAGAGGGCUCUGUAGUUUUUCCAAGAGUACCGUUGUUAAGAGUAGAAGGUCCAUUAAUAAUUGCUCAAUUGCUAGAGACAACCUUAUUGACCCUGGUUAACUUUGCAAGUUUAAUGGCAACUAAUGCAGCACGAUACAGGAUGGUGGCGGGAAAAACCGUUUCGCUACUGGAGUUUGGAUUACGUAGGGCACAAGGACCUGAUGGUGGACUGUCAGCAUCUAAAUAUGCUUACAUAGGCGGUUUUGAUGGGACAAGCAAUGUGUUAGCUGGAAAAAUGUUCAACAUACCAGUGAGGGGGACACAUGCACAUUCUUUUGUGACGUCAUUCAGUACUUUGGACGACAUACAUACCGUAACAUUGAGGCACUCGGAGACGCAAGCCCCAUACAAUUUACUAGAAUUGUCGACCCAGUGGCGUAUCAAAGUAUCCGCCAUAGUUGAUAUUUCGCCCGAAGAAGCCAGCGACGGCGAACUAGCUGCACUUAUCUCAUACGCCAUAGCCUUCCCAACAGGUUUCUUGGCACUAGUGGAUACUUACGAUGUGAAGAGGAGUGGUUUGCUCAACUUCUGUGCGGUGGCCUUAGCAUUAAACGACUGUGGUUAUAGAGCGGUCGGCAUUCGUAUAGACAGCGGAGAUUUAGCCUAUCUAUCAGUGUUGGCAAGAGAAUCCUUCGAGCAGAUUGCAGAAGCAUUUAAACUACCCUGGUUCUCAAAACUAACAAUCGUGGCCUCCAACGACAUAAACGAAGAAACAAUAUUGAGUUUAAACGAACAAGGACAUAAGAUAGAUUGUUUCGGAAUCGGAACACAUCUUGUUACCUGCCAACGCCAGCCAGCACUCGGAUGCGUUUACAAAUUGGUAGAAAUUAAUGGACAACCUCGAAUCAAAUUGAGUCAAGACGUUGGAAAAGUCACUAUACCUGGUCACAAAGAGGCAUAUAGAUUGUUCGGCGCGGAUGGACACGCCCUUAUUGAUCUUUUGCAACGGUCCUCUGAACCAGCGCCUGAGGUGGGCCAAAAAGUACUCUGUCGACAUCCGUUUCAGGAAUCGAAGAGAGCCUAUGUCAUUCCGAGCAAAGUAGAACGUCUAUAUAAGGAAUGCUGGAAGGAUGGCCACGUCUGCGUCAAACCAAAACCCUUAUUAGAGGUUCGUGAAAGAGUACAGUCAUCACUACGCACACUGCGACAAGAUAUCAAGAGAAAUCUUAACCCUACACCUUACAAGGUGGCAGUUAGCGAUGACCUCUAUUGCUUCAUUCAUGAUUUGUGGCUCCAGAAUGCACCAAUCGGAGAACUUUCGUGA